CAGCUCGUAUUGUUCCCAACGAAUCGAAGUGACAUUAGGUGGCCGCUAUGCACUAUUGAUUCUCCAGCAGUCCAUACUACACUAGUUUCCGGUAAACCAACCCACCCCUCUGUUUUCCUCUCGUAUUUUGUUCUUUUACACUUCUCUACCCCCCUCGCACGAUUUUCCCUUUUUACUCAGGUGUGUUGGAAGGGAAUGAUCAGUCUACUGUAGUAACUGCACAGGGAUCAGUCACAAGUGUGCUUACGACCAAACAUCACUCGCUCCCAAAUCUUCGCAAGUGCACGACCUCUUCUUUGGUUGCUUUUCAUUCACCUCCUUGCUCGCCUACGCACGCCGACGUGUCUCCGCAUCAACCCCCCAGUUCAUUGACAAAAUAUUUGGAGUUUGCUGCCAAGAUAUCCUGAUCGACACUUUCUUUGCCGGACGAGAAACGUCACAGGUCUCUUGCCAGUUGUAAAGUAGGAGAGAGAGAGAGAAAAUAAGUUAUAUUUCCCUUUCCGAUCGUCGUUCAUUCAUAGAGAGAUGAGACGCCGGAGGACUCACAUCAUGCACAUGUUCUGGCUGUAGGAAGAGAAGAGUAAACCUUAACAUUCAACUGUUGAGUCAGAAAUCCAGAUAUCAGAUCUUCAACCGAACUAUCGAAAUAGAUUUCAACUUCGACUGCAACUAUUUCAAGAUUGAAAAUAUUACAUCUGUAUCCGUAUCAUCUAGAGAAUGUGUUUAAAUGUUACUGGGUUCCAGGGUUCUACAAUCUAGAUUGUGAGGUUUCGCAACAAGUUGGAGAAUGUCUAUGCUUUAAAGAAACUUAUCUUCUUUUGGAUUUGGAUGACGAUUAACUAGGUGUUGGUCAAUCGGUAGGAGACAUUUAUAGCAGAUGAGCUGCUAAUUUUCAAAGGAUUUAAACUGGUAGUACCCGUUUGGAAGUUUUACUAUUCUUCGGUCCAAGAAACGUCCUAUAAAUAAUAUCAGAAUGCAUUGUCAAACGAGGAUAACCGUGUUCUGCUUCCUAUACGUCUUCUCCAUCACGUCAAGUAGCUCUCUGCCGAAGAGCGCGCAUCCCCGAACGAACCGGAAGCACAUGGAUCUCACCGUCAGAUCUGUGAAGGAAACAGAUGCCGACACCAAAUCAUUGACCAAGAUAGACUCGGAAGCAUUAGCAGACUUUCCAUCAAUAGAUGAAGAGUACAGUAUGAACAGUAUCGUUGACGACGGACCUAUUUACACCUGCGAGGAGAUAUUUCAGAUGACAGACCUCAACGAGGAUGGACGCGUAACGGAAGCAGAGUACAGACAGGCCAACCCCAACAUGACGGAUUUAGAAAUGUCGUUCGUCUUCCAGAGAUACGAUCCUGACUGCGACGGCAACAUCUACAUAGAGAACCUGUGUGGAAAUAUCGUCGACGGCGCCGGUAUAGAGAUUGAGAUGGGCGUGGCUGGCCAACUUCCUGACCCGAUGGAAGUUAACUGCAGAACACUGUCGAUGCAAAUCUGUGACAAGGAAUCAUUUUUGGUUGUUUGGGAACAAAUUGAGGCCGAAGAGACAGCCGAUAAUACACUUUGCAGGGCUUUACAGACACACAUCGAAUGUGUUAGCCGGGAAAACAAAUACUGUGGCCUGGAUGACUACGUUGCUGACGUCAAACAGACCGUAGCCAGCUUUAUCCGGUCAGGAAUAUGUCCAAACAUUCACGUCAACGAGGAAACCGUCUCGGGAAUCCCAUCAUCAGGGGUGCGACAGGUCCGAUCAGCUAAGAAUGGUCACAGGUCGAGGCAUAGCAAUAGUCUUAGGAACACGGACGUGGACCCGACCACCCUGCUCAGAUCCUCGCAUACGUGUUUGAGGUCGACAAUGGAACCCUGCAAUACGAACUUUAUCUCAUCGCUAAGAUCGGGGAAUGUCGAUCCCUGCGAAACGCUGGUCGAUUACAGGCGAUGCGCACGGAAAUCGACGCGGAGAUGUCAAGACAGAACAAACGCGAUGCGCAUCAGAGACGGCAUCAAGUCCAUCACCCGCGCGCACAGAAAAGCCAAGCUUUGUGUACAAUAGACAUCACUACUGAUAUACAGAAUCAAAGAAGAACAAUGCCGCAAGAACUCAGAAACUGUAUAUUUUACUCUGUGAGCAUUGUAGCGAGUGUGAUAUUAUUCGAGGUCUCUAAGACAGUUACUUGUAUUGAUGUUCAUGGGAACAUGGAGAACAGCACUGGGACUAUGGGGCCAAGCCCUUCCAUGGUUUUCCUGUAUCAUGUAACUGUGCGAAUAGAUUCAAAGUAUGUCCAAGACCACGAGGAAGACGACGGGAAGCUACGGGUUUUCUCCUGGAACUGGAACUUCGAGCCAAAAUCCGCCGUUGUCAUUGCUGUUAAUUAUCCUAAGAGGCUUUUUCUACCCAUUCUGUGAUAUCGGUUGUACUGCCUCAUUCGAAAAUAAUUUGUGGCAGAGUAGGAGAUCUGAGGACGCUAUUCUGGCAAGAGGCUGCGAUGCCAAGGCGCCGUCUUACUUCAUUAAUCCGUUGACUGCUGAGUUCUCUAGGCUUUGUACACGGACUACCUGUUUCCAGUAGGCAACUGGUUAAAAUAUGUUAGCAUCAUAGCAACAGUAUUCAUCAUGUUCAUUUGUAUUCACUACAUAGAAUCCGCUCAAAUACGAAUGUAACUCCGUUCUAUACUCUAUCAUGAACAUCUGCAGGACGCAAUGGUAGACGUAUGGUUUCAAUGAGUAUCUAUGAAUAGAACUUUGUUCAAGUAUCGUUCAGUAGUAAACUUUCAAUUCUAAACGACAAGAUACUUAUUUCAUGAAGUUUCUCACUUGUAUUGCUACCUCAAGAAAUAGAGUGAACAUUUUCCCUACAAAGUUAUUAAUUUAGAGUAGCGAUGUUGUCUACUUUUGGAAAAGCUUUCAAACGGUAAUAGAUUGAAUUAUUAAUUAAUUUAUUUUAUUUCACUAUGAAUCUGAAAAAAAUACAUGUCCGAAACACUCUUAUUAAAGGGAUCUAUUUUUUCACUCAAACUUAGUCAUUGUUGUUAUUUGAUAUUUAACCAAUCGCGAAAUAGAAAAAAAUAUUCUGUGUAAAAUAUAGAUUUAUACCAGUCUGAAAAUCCCCCCCCCUCCAAAAAAUAAUAAUAAUGAAUAUUAAGUUACAAUUAAAGUAUAAUUGUGCUCAUGGGAUUUUCAUUUUAUCAUCGGGGUUUUUCUAGAUUUUUUGAGGAAUAGCAAUAUCACGUUAAAAGUAAAUUAUCAUAAUCGUACCAUUUCGAAGGAAAAGGAGACAAUACGUUAAAAUACUCUCAUAGUAGAUUCAUAUCGUAUCUGGGAUCGUAUGUCAUUUAUUUCAUAGAUAUCAUGAAUAUUGGAACAUAUACAUUUUUUUGAUAAAUGGAGAAUAUUCGACAGAAAUUGUAAAUAGCGAUGUAAAAUUUAAUCAUGACAAUAUAUUAUAAUUAUUAUGUAUUUUGAAUCCAAAUUGUUUUAUUCCUUUAGAGUAUUCAUAUUCCACUAUAAAGUAUCGCUAUGCUUAUAAUUUUGUGUUUAUAAAUAUUACACUGCCACAUUAGUUUAAUCGAUUUUAUGACAACUGUACAUAUAUUUAUAUGUUAUGUAUAAAAGGGUAGGUAACCAAAUCAUUUGUUUUCAUCUGAAUAUCAUAUGUCUACAUCUUUCCAUGUCGAUAUAUCCGAGUUCUCCAUUUUGUAUAGGAGGCAUUUACUAUGAUUUAUUUUUCUUAAAAGUCAAGACCUUGAUAUUUGUAAUACUCUCUAUUUCUUAAACUAACAUAAUGUAUAUUGAGCAUGGUGCUACCUUUGGCGUUUAUUUCCUGUCGAAUAAAGAGAGGAGUGAUUUCAUUUAUUUCAGAACAAAGACAGGAAUAAUAAUCUGAUAAUGAUAAUUAUGUUGCAUAAAAUUUCACAUUAAUGGCCAUGAUUUGGUACUUUACAUAAUUAUUGUCGUUUAAUUUUAAUAUGAAUAUUUAUAAACCAUAUCGAAGUUCAAUUCUUUAGAAGUUUCGAAUUACUUGCAUGAAUCAGGUCUGCAAGCGUGAUUUACUUACUAACCCCCAAGUGUUUCGAUAAUUCGAAUUGAAGUAUUGCAUGUUAUAUGUGUCUUUGAAUUGAUUUCGCCUAGAUCAUCCUUGCCUUGUUAACAUUAAAAAGCUAAUACCUAUUUGGGAUGGAAUUCAUUAUUCCAUGACAGUAUUUUACCUGUGUUUCUAGACUUCAAAUUAUAAAAGAGCUCAUCAGCUUGCGACUGAUCGAAAUAAUUCAUUUUGUUGAAACUGAAUUUUCUAACAUCAUUUUUGUUUUUAUAUCCAUGCAGGUUUACUAAAACCCUUGUAUCUGCUAUCUUUUACGUACAAUUAUGGUACACUUUACACACUAUCUUCAUGUAAUGUUGUAUGUGUUUCAUUCAUUUUCAGCAGGCUGUUUUAAAUAUAAUGACAACUCUAGUUUGAAAACGGGUCUCUUUAUUCCUAAAUUAUUUUCUUUCUUUAAUAGGAAGAGUUUACUAGAUUAUGUAAAUGUCCUUUAUGCUAGCUGGGCUUUUAUCUCUAAUAUUGUUUUGAACAUCUUAACCUUUCUCUGGCGAACAGCUUAUCCGUUAUUAUUUUUAAGUUAUCGAUUGCACGUUAAUCUUGCACCUCUAUUGAUUCAAAAUGAUGUGGAACGCGACGUUAUUAUGACGUCACAGAGUGUAUGGGGAGAUGACGACAGUGUAAGCAGAGUUGUGUGUAAUUAAUAUUUGAAAAUUAAAUACUAUAAAUAGUGCCUUGUACAGUCUAAGGAAGAGUGUAUUCGUAUGUAUUAAUUGUCAUGCCCUAUUUUGUAUUCAUAGUCGUGUCAAUUAAAAGACAAGAUAUUGAAAUUUAA